GAAAGCAGGAGGCGCGCCGCUAAAGUGCGCGGUGCUGACACGCUAUCAUAGCCUCCUCCUCCACCGCCCACCGGCCGCCCAGAUCACGCUCUCCUUCCUCUGCCCUCCUCGCUGCGCUUCUCUCUUGCCGGCCUCUUCACUCUCCUCGCUGUCUCUCCUCUCAGUUGAGUUGACCCCCCUCUGAAUUCAUUCACUGAUCUUGAUCCUCCCUCGCCUUCGUCGGAAAUCCGUGGAGCUAGGGUUUGUGAUCUCUUCCCUUGUUUUCUUAUCACCCGAUUCCUGAAUCGAAGAGGCUAAAAAAAAGGAAAGAAAGACAGACAAGAAUUAAUAAUUCAUUAGGGCUUCGACCCGGCCAUUACGAUCCUCAUCGAAGCUCUGAAUCGCCGUCCGGUUCGGGGCUUUUCUGCCACCGGAGUCCAUCCAUCCGACGAGGCAUCGAAAGGCCGGUAGAUCCGAUCUGAGCACGAGGAGCAGGAGGUCUAGCUUUACUAUACGGUGGCGGGUCUCUGUCCGCCGUGACAGGUCCCGUGUGUGUACCUUCUAUGGUCUGGAGGUUGGCCCAGUAGUAGGAGGAGGAGGAGAGAUGUUCGUGAGUCGGCCGGCGGUGCAUCCGGUGGAGGCUCCCCCUCUCACCGAUGCCGCCGAGAAUCCACCCAGGGUGAGGAUGAAGGACAUCCAGGGCAUGCCCGGGACGCCCGGAGGCCUCGCCCUGCGCCUCUGCCAAUUCAUAUUCGCGGCCGCUGCUCUCUCCGUCAUGGCGUCCACCAGCGAUUUCACCUCCGUCACCGCCUUCUGCUAUCUGGUAGCAGCAGUCAUCUUACAAAGCUUGUGGAGCCUUUCACUAGCCUUCUUGGAUAUCUACGCUCUUCUAGUCAAACGCCGCUUGCGGAAUUCCCGAGCUGUCUGUUUGUUUACCAUUGGAGAUGCGAUCACAUACACACUUACAUUUGCAGCGGCUUGCGCAUCUGCGGGCAUCACAGUUGUGAUUGGCAAUGAUCUCAACAUCUGUUCAGCUAACCCCUGCACAAGCUUUGAAACUGCUACAGCCAUGGCUUUCAUGAGCUGGUUUGCGCUCUCCCCAUCAUUUGUCCUGAACUUUUGGUCAUUGGCGUCCAGGUGAAAAGCAAGAACAGCUACUCCCAAACUAUUUGUAUGCUGGUGUGAUCUUGGAAAUUUCUUUUUUUUUUUCCUGAUUGUUGUCUACAGUAAAAUAUCCAUCACGAUCAUGUGUAUAUUCAUGACGACUAGGGUUUGAGAAGGUGUGCAAGUUUAUACAUUGUUGAUAUUGGAAAGUGAAACCUAGCAUCCGUUCCAUGGUAAUAGAAUGCUGGCCUGUCGUCUAUGUGAAUUA